ACUAGGUCUGGACGGGACCUCAGACUUUGAGCCUGGGUUUGUUUUUUUUUCUUUAUUUCAGCGUCUGUUCAGUUACGGAAUUGGUUCCCGCCGCCAGUGCCAUGGUCUUGGAGCUCUACCUGGACCUGCUGUCCCAGCCCUGUCGUGCCGUUUAUAUAUUCGCCAAGAAAAACGGCAUCCCGUUCCAGAUGCACUCGGUGGAGCUGCGAAAGGGUGAGCACCUCAGCGAUGCGUUUGCCCAGGUGAACCCCAUGAAGAAGGUACCAGCCAUGAAGUACAAUGACUUCACCUUGAGUGAGAGUGUGGCCAUCCUCCUCUACCUAACACACAAGUUCAAGGUCCCGGACCACUGGUACCCCCAAGACCUGCAGGCCCGUGCUCGUGUGGACGAGUACCUGGCGUGGCAGCAUACAACCCUUCGGAGAAGCUGCCUCCGGGCUCUGUGGCAUAAGGUGAUGUUCCCUGUUUUCCUGGGUGAGCAAGUACCUUCUGAGACGCUGGCAGCCACAUUGGCAGAACUGGAUGUGAACCUACGGGUGCUUGAGGACAAGUUCCUCCAGGACAAGGCCUUCCUUGUUGGGUCUCACAUCUCCCUGGCUGACUUGGUCGCCAUCACAGAGCUGAUGCACCCCGUAGGUGGUGGCUGUCCAGUCUUUGAAGGGCAUCCCAAGCUGGCUGCGUGGUACCAUCGAGUGGAGGCAGCGGUGGGAAAGGACCUCUUCCGUGAGGCCCAUGAGGUCAUCCUGAAGGUUAAGGACUCUCCACCUGCCAACCCCAUCAUAAAGCAGAAGAUGAUGCCUGGAGUGCUGGCCAUGAUCCAGUGAGUCCAGCCCUGCACUGACUAUAGCAGUUCACAAGCAUUUUAUUGCCCCAGUGAUGCAUCCUAGCCUCACAGCAUAAUGGUUUUUAGGCCAGGCUCCGUCUUCACCUUUUUUCUACCAUAACCACACACGGCCACAACUGUAACCACUACCUUUCACUUUUGAGUUCAGAUAAUAAACCCAGGCUCCAUCUGAGCCUUA